GGGAAAUCUAGAACAUAAAUGACAUCUCUAACACCAACUUCUUCUACAGCUUUUAAAAGAUCUAUUCCACCUCCACCUCCACCUCCUUCAUCAAAUCUUAAUAAAUCACUUGCUCCCCCUUCUUCAGACUUUAGAACGGCAGUUAUCAAGAACCAUUGGAAUGAUCCUCCAAAAAAGAUUUUUCAUCAAAUAACGGAUGAGACACAUCACGAUUUAAACAAACAAGAAAUUUCAAUAAUAUUAUCAAAUAAAAUAGAACUAUGCAAGACAGCAUUUGAAAAUGGUCCACAAAAAAGAAUUGUAGAUGACACUAUUCGUCGAAUUGACAAUUUAUUAAAAGAAUUAGAAGAUGAUCAAUUGACAAAACAGGUAUCCCAAUUACUGUAUACGUUAUCCAAAGCUUUGGAAUCAAGUGAAUAUACUAAAGCCUUAGAAAUUCAUACUAAAUUGAUGACCGCUCAUUAUGAAAAUCAUGGAAGUUGGAUUUUAGGCUUGAAAAGACUUAUAGAUCUUACGGAAAAGGCCUCUAAAUAAAGAAAACCGGGAUUUCUUCUUUUUAUGCUUUUAGAACUUAUUAUAGAUUAUGUAACUAUUAUUUCUAAUUCAGCUAUUAAAAGAAUUCAUAAAGUUGUAGUCUAUUUCAAUAAUCUACAGAUCAUGUAACUACUCUUUUGUAUUUUUUUUUCUUAAAAGUAUACAUGUAUAUCUAAUUGUGUCUACAAAUGACUUUUUUUUUCUACUUCUAUUACUCACUAUAAUAGUUCAAGUUUUUAUAAAUGAAUGUACCUUUCAAAUGACAUUUAUCCAUAAUGAGUAUUAACUAAAA